AUGACGUUCGGGGCGGCGUGCUCUCCAAGCUGUGCACACUACGUGAAGAACCGGAAUGCUGACAGAUUCGAGGAACAGUAUCCAAGAGCGGUCGAGUGCAUCAAGUACGAGCAUUACGUCGAUGAUAUGUUGGCGAGUGUUGAGACCGAGGAAGAAGCUGUGCAGCUGGCCAGUGAUGUACGUUCGAUCCAUGCUCAAGGAGGCUUCGAGAUACGCAAUUGGCUAUCGAAUUCCAGUGUCGUCGUCGAGAGUCUGCACGAAAACUCUGCCACGGAGAAGAAUCUGAGUUUCUACACGGAGAUGGCAACGGAGAAGGUACUUGGAAUGUGGUGGGACACCACGACCGACACAUUCACGUUCAAGAUGUCACCAAAGCACGAUGCGGAGCUGCUGUCAGGAGCCAGGAUGCCGACAAAACGUGAAGUUCUAAGGACGCUUAUGGCCAUCUAUGACCCAAUGGGACUUAUUGCCAAUUUUCUCAUCUACCUAAAGAUUCUACUGCAGGAAAUCUGGCGUUCCGGAUGCGGUUGGGAUGACGAGAUUGAUGGGAAGCUGGCGGAAAAGUGGAUGACAUGGAUUGAAGCGCUGCCGAAUGUCCGUUUGGUCAGUAUUCCCCGCUGUUACCGAAUCGAAACAUCAGCUGAACUGACAAACAACGUAGAGCUACACGUUUUCUGUGAUGCGAGCGAGAAUGGGAUGGCAGCCGUGGCGUACUUCAGGUUCGAAGAAGAAGGAAAAGUGGAAUGCGCUUUGAUUGGGUCAAAAACUCGCGUGGCUCCUCUAAAGUUCCUCUCAAUCCCUCGCCUUGAGCUUCAGGCUGCUGUUUUAGGAGCUCGCCUUGCAGAUUGCAUUGCCAAGUCCCACCGGAUGAAGAUCAGUCGCCGCGUCUUUUGGACCGAUUCCCGCGACGUAGUCUGUUGGCUGCGAUCUGAUCAUCGACGCUAUAGCCAAUUUGUAGCGUUCAGGGUCAGUGAGUUGCUUGACACUACACAAGCCAGCGAAUGGAGGUGGCUGCCAACCAAAAAGAACGUAGCGGAUGAAGGGACGAAGUGGCAAAGGCUGCCAGACUUUCAACCAAGCGGCCGCUGGUUUCGUGGUCCCGAUUUUCUGUGGCAGUCUGUACACCAAUGGCCAGGAGAUAGCGGAGAUUUGGGAGCAACCGUGGAGGAGAUUCGACCCAGUAUUCUACAUCAUACAGUCGGAGUCGGCGAUACACUGGUGGACUUCGAACGGUUUUCGAAAUGGAAACGUCUGCUGAGAUCGGUCGGAUACGUUCAUCGUUUUGUCAGUAACCUCCGGAAGCGGACCAUGAAGCUGACCUUGGAACUUGGGCCGCUAACACAGGAAGAACUGAAGCUGGCAGAGAACACCAUCUAUCGACUAGUUCAACAGCAAGCAUUUCCGGACGAAAUUCAGUUGAUCCGCGACAGAUUUCCACAGACGAAUCCAUGGGAGCGAAUCUUGCCGAGAAGUAGUCCGUUGUAUAAGGUCAGCCCGAUCAUCGACGAACACGGCGUUCUACGAAUGCGAGGACGGAUCAAUGCCUGCGAAUGGGUAGAUGAAUCGGUCAAAAAUCCAAUUCUACUCCCGCGGCUAAACUACGUGACCAACUUGGUGAUUGCUGACUACCACGCGACACGCCGACAUCAAAACCACCAAACAGCACUGAACCAGAUACGACUGAAAUACAACAUUCCUCGUAUUCGAACAGAAUUCGAUCGUGUCCGCAGAAACUGUCACCGUUGCAAAGUUCGCCGAGCAAGACCGCAGCCCCCAGCAAUGGGAGAUCUACCGCCUGCCCGGUUAGCAGCGUUUCAACGACCAUUCUCCUACACAGGAAUCGAUUACUUCGGGCCGAUGUCAGUGCUAGUCGGCAGACGAUCCGAAAAACGAUGGGGAGUUCUGCUCACCUGCAUGACAACCAGGGGUGUACACAUCGAGGUUGCACAUUCGCUGACGACAGACUCGUGCAUUCUGGCAUUGCGCAACUUCAUAGCACGAAGAGGCGCACCGUUGCAGAUUAUCAGCGACCGAGGAACGAAUUUCAUCGGAGCUUCACGAGAGCUGCGCGAGGCACUGGAACACGUCAACGAGAUGAAGCUCAUGGCCGAGUUAGUCAGUCCUGAUACCAAGUGGACGUUCAACCCGCCAUCUGCACCGCAUUUUGGAGGCUGCUGGGAGCGUUUGAUUCAGUCAGUCAAGAAGACCAUGAACGAUUUCGACCCUCCCCGACUCCCAUCGGAUGAAAUUCUGCGAACGAUGCUGAUGGAAGUCGAGAUGAUCCUGAACUCAAGACCGCUCACUGACAUACCGCUAGACAAUGACACUGAACCCGCCCUAACACCAAAUCACUUUCUGUUAGGGUCCGCUAAUGGGAGUAAGCCCCCGAUCACGUUUGACGACAGACCUACUGUACUGAAGAGAUCGUGGAGAAUGGCACAGCUGUACGCAGACAACUUCUGGAAAAAGUGGGUGGCUGAAUAUCUUCCCACGCUGACACGUCGGACGAAAUGGUUUCAACCCGUCAGACCCAUCAUGGAAGGCGAUCUGGUGCUGAUUGUGGACGGUACUCUCCCCAGAAACUGUUGGCCGAGAGGACGUGUGAUCCAGGCAGUCAGAGCAAAGGACGGACAGGUCCGGCGCGUCACCGUGCAGACAGUAAGUGGACUUCUGGAGAGGCCUGCAACUAAGGUUGCGGUAUUGGACGUCGGUGCUAGCGGAGGUAAGCCACUUGAGCCACAGUGGCGUACCGAGGGGGAGUGUUGCAACCCUUCGGAAUGCAACGCACCUCCUUCUACAUCAACCUUGAUUUCGAACAGUAAGUAG